AUGGAACCGCAUCGUACAAAAACGAAGGGCGGGAGUGUACCAGACGUCGGCGACAUACUCUUGAUCGUAGGUGAUGAAAAGAAUCGGGGUGAAUGGAAGAAAGGUCGUGUAUUACGCUUAGUAAAGGGCAAGGAUGGUGUUGUACGGGGCGUCGUUUUGUGUCACAACGGUCGAAGAAUCGAGCGGCCUUUACAAUUAGUACAAGUCUGUCCAUUGGAACUUAAAGUCGCAGAAAGUGUCGUGGAGCAAAAGCAGAACGAAACGGUCUCUAAGAAUCAACGAGUUCAAAGAAACGCGGCGAAGGAAGCGGAGCAGAGAAUACGGUCGCAGUUAGAGGAAGAAGAGGACAAUUGAACUAUAGAAACAUGUAUAGUUGCGUUCAUAUUGUUAUUGUUACAGUGGAGUGUGAGCCAAAUGGACAAACCUGUGCCACACCCCCAACUAAGGAAAUUAGGUUGCUAGGGAAACGAGAGAAAUGUGAGCGAGGAAGCGAGUAUUUUUACAGCGAUCAUUUGUGAGAAAAUUUUAUGUUUUAUUAAACUUUUAUUUUAAAUUUAUUUGUGGUAAGUGUGCAUUAACUUUUCCAGCACAUCUGUGUGUUCCAUCAAAUCGAGCUG